AUGUCAUCAGGGGUUGAUUCAUCGACCACGGCAGCCCUUCUUGCCAAGAAAUACCCUGGUCAAGUACAUGGAAUAUACAUGUGCAACUGGACGGCAACAGCACGGUGUACGGAAGACGAAUGGAACGAUGUCAAGGAAGUUAGCAAGGUGAUUGGUAUCCCCUGCCACAGAGUUAAUCUUGAGAAGGAGUAUUGGACUAAAGUGUUUGAGCCCAUGAUAGAUAUGUAUAAAAAUGGACUUACACCCAAUCCAGAUGUCGGAUGCAAUCGUCACAUAAAAUUCGGAGCUCUGCUUCAAUGGGCAAGUGACCAUCAGAAAAGGCUUACUGGUAGUCCUGAGGGAACUAAGUGGUGGCUCGCUACGGGGCACUAUGCUAGAGUAGGAAUUCCUGCUGCGCGUGAUGGUACAAACUUGGAAGCUAAGAGUAACAUUCACCACUUGCUAAGACCCAAAGAUCUGAGUAAAGAUCAAAGUUACUACUUAUCCACCGUACUUCCAGAAUCCCUGAACAGGGUUUUAUUUCCGCUAGCAGCAUAUACAAAGCCUCAGAUAAGACAAAUAGCGGUAGAUCUCGACCUUCCAACGGCCUCUAAGCCCGAUUCUCAGGGCCUGUGUUUUGUAUCACAAGAUCAUGGACAUUUCAAGGACUUUUUAGAGGAAUAUGUAGUUCCAACUCCUGGAGACAUAGUUACUGAAGACGGUAAAGUAGUCGGUAAACAUCAAGGUCUAUGGCAAGCUACUAUUGGACAACGGAGCGGAGUCUCGAUGCCCCAAGGUGACCCUGAAUGUAGGGGUGUUUGGUACGUGAGUGACAAGCGAACUGCGGAGAACCAAAUUGUAAUAGUACGAGGACGAGAUCAUCCCUCGAUUUUCCGGACUACUGCCCAGUGUUCAAAGUUCCGAUGGCUUGGCAGUGAUAUCUCUCUGGAUGACCUCUCCUCUAUCCGCGUACAGUUCCGUUCCUUACAGGACCAGGGAUUAUCUGUCUCAGAUAUCACUGUGAAAAACGGUAUUCCUGGCUCCAGUGCUGUAACAGAUAUAUCUGUUCAGUUUUCUGAGCCGGCGAGGGCUGUAGCACCCGGCCAAUACCUGGUUCUCUACCAGCGAGACCGCGUGUUAGGCAGUGGCAUGAUUGAUUUUACUCGUUGA